AUGCCUCCAUUCGAGUCCUCAGAGGUGUUGCCUAUACAGCUCCCCAUGCAGCCCAUCAACAUGUCGCGUCGGCGGACAUCCCAUAUCAUCCCCCGCUCAGACAUCAUCGCAGCAGCAACAACCGCCACCGUCGACAUCGAUACUCUCAAAGAUCACACCAACAACAACAUAUUAGGAGGGUCGGGAAUGAUCGGCACUGCUGCUGCCUCUGCACCCUCCUCUGGAGCUGGAUCUUCAGAAUCAAGCAACAGCAGCAGCAGCAACAUCAAUGCUUCCCCCUUGGCGUGGCUUUCAAGGAUCAUCCUCAAGGCAGAAAAGAACGAGCGCCUUCAUUACCACUCUAACGGCCGUCAUCAUCACCACCACCAUCACCAUGGACACCGCCGGACGCUGUCCAGUUCUCAGCCCCUGAUUAAGCAACUUUUCACCAAGGCCACAGUCGUCACAUUGGAGCAGAAAUACGCUACCGUUCAAUGGGCUGCUCAAUUUCUGUUAUCCUACCCCGAGUUCUACUGCACGAUCAGUUCACCAUGCUUCGCCCUCCCCAUCCUCCUCUACCUCGACCCAACCUUCCGCUGGUCAGCACCCGAGAUCCACAUCACCCACCUGGCCAUCUUCUUCUCAGUCGUCACCGCCAUGACCUCAACCCUCUACCACGCCACACUUUACAAAAUCUUUUCCUCCCUCGACGCCUGCUUCGCCACCAUUAUGUUCUACUUCAACACCCUCCAUCUCCUCAGAUCCCUCCCUGAGCCUCAUGCAAGCAUGCUCCCUGACUUGAUCGCAUCUGUCAUCUACUGGGACUGGACACCGUAUGUGAUGUGUACAGGCAUGAUUGCAUUGUUUAUCUUCUCAUGGAAGAAGACUGCCAUGCUGUCAUUACUGUUGAUGGUCUCGAUGAUCCCUGCCACCAUCUGGGGUUUUCUUGCACAUGAGUGUUGGACAGGUCUUGGAUUUGGUCUGUUGGGUCUGACCAUGUUUGCGUUGGAUCGGUUCAAGUUCUUUAGUGGACACUCUUACUGGCAUCUGGCUGGUGGUUUGAGUCUGUGGUAUGGUAUCUCAAGCCUCGCCCUUUCUCAGCCUGCUGCCUUUUAA